AUGAGGUCGCGAAGUCAGUUUUCCGGCUUUAUAUUAAUUUUAAUUAAUUUAAUUAGUCAAAAUAACGCACAGUCCAAUGAAGUGGUCGGCUGUGGUGGCUUCAUCAAAAGCCAUGCAGAAAUAGACUUUUCCAAGGUGGAAAUAAAACUCUUGACCAAGCAGGGCUCACUGAAGGAUAAAACCGAUUGCUCGCCAUCGAAUGGCUACUAUUUCCUGCCCAUCUAUGACAAGGGUGAAUAUUUGCUAAGCAUUGCACCACCUCCCGGUUGGAGCUUCGAGCCGGAACACGUUGAGCUCAAUUUCGAUGGCAAGAAUGACGUGUGCAGUCAGGGCAAAGAUGUUAAUUUCGUAUUCAAGGGCUUUGGCAUUACGGGCAAGGUGGUCUUAGCCACCGGAAGCGGUGCACGGGAUGUAGAUGUGGAGUUGAAGUCGGAGCAAGGUGACAUUCGCCGCACCAAAACGGACAUCAAUGGUGUCUUCUUCUUUACACCAAUUAUACCCGGCAAAUAUGUGGUGCGUGCCAGCCAUGCCAGGUGGCAUUUCGCCAAGGCAGAGCACAAUGUGGUUGUGGUCAGUGGCAACACGGAGCUGCCAGCUAACUCUUUGGUGGUAUCUGGCUUUGAUAUCAAUGGACGUUUCGAUACCAGCUCCCAAUUGCCGGCUAAUCUUGCUGUGGCGCUCUAUAAAAAAAAGGGCCAAUCUCUACCGACCAAAUGUGCCAAUUCGCCCACUGCGCCGGCGAACAAGCUCAACAACGAUUACGAAAGCGCCGCCGCUUGCUAUUCGCUGGUCGAGAAGGGUGAAUAUAGCUUCAAGGAUGUGCCCACAGGCAAAUACUUGAUACAGGCCAUUAACGAGAACCAAAACUUGAAACUUCAUCUGACGCCGAGCUUUUUGGAGGUGGACUUGGGCAAGGAUACGCUGCAGAUCAAAGAGGAGUUCAAGAUUAGCGGCUUUACAGUCUCCGGCCAGGUGCUGAGCUCCGCGGACGGUGCCUCACUAAAGUCAGCUAUUGUCAAGCUGAACAAGGAAAAGGUCGCCGAAACAGAUGCCACUGGCACGUAUACGCUGGAGAACAUUAAAGCGGGCAGCUACAACAUUGAAGUCGAGUAUCCACAGCUGCAAUUCGAGCCGGUGCAGGUGAAGACGCAGAUUGCUACGCCCAAACUGCCCACAAUUGUGCCUUCCGCUUACGAAGUGUGCGGCAAAGUCGUCUCUCCGAAAUCCUAUGUCGUUGGCAUCACGAAAAUCGGCUCCACCUUCCAUACGACAACUACCACGAAAGCAGAGAGCGGCAUCUGGUGUGCCUAUCUGCCCGCCGGUAAAUACAACAUUGAAGUCCUCACCACGGAACUGGAUAAGACGAGCGGUGUUCAGUUCUUCCCUGUGCAACAGCAGACCGAAGUGCGAGAUGCGCCCGUGAAUGGCAUUAUCUUCUCGCAGCUGCGUGCCACCAUUCGAGGUGAGCUGCAGUGCCUGCCGGAUGCCACGGCCACUUGCACCUCAGCAGAGAUUACGCUACAGGGCCUCGAUGCCACCGGACAGCCCACGGACAACAAAUGGAAGGCCAGGGCAUAUCGUGGAAAAUAUACUUUUAAGGAUGUGCUGCCUGGUCCCUAUGAGAUAACGAUUCCACAGGGCAAUCUGUGCUAUGAAUCAACGCGAGUCUUCCUAAAUGUCGCCGCUGCAGAGGAGACGGCGCCGCCCUUCAUACACAAGGGCUACGAAGUGUCCAUCAUAUCUAGUCAUCGAGCGCUGAUGCGUUACGUGCAUGUCACCGGACCUUCGGAACCCAAGGCACCCAUUGAAACCCUAAAGAUUCUUUCAGGCGUGAACACUUUCUGCGUUUCUAAAUACGGCAGCUACGACUUUAAGCUGGAAGGCUGUCACAUUUACGAUGAUUCGUUGCCCAGUAAAUUCAUCACUCCAGAACCAGAUCAGCUGCAGACGUUGAUUGUCAAUGCCAUUGCCCACAAGACGGGCGUGCGCGUCCUGUCCACAGACCCCAAUGUGGAUUCUCUGAAACUAGCUGUGGAAUCGCAAUCGCUGGGCAAACAAAUUGUCACGCCAGUAGCUGAGGCGCAUAAGGUGGAUGGAAAAUUCGCAUUCCGCUACGAGACGUAUCUGAAGCCAGAGGAAAUUCUGAACGUUAAGCCAUUGAGUGAUGUCCUUUUGUUUACGCCACAGCAUCAGCAGAUCGUUGGCAGCAGUGAUUGCGUUGAUAUUGCCUUCAAUUUUGUGGCCACGCGAGGACUCAUCUUACGCGGCAAAGUAGUGCCCGCAAUUAAGGAUGCCAAGAUCACGCUGAGUUUUCCCGAGCAACCUGAACUUGAACCCAUUGAAGUGCUCAGCUCCAUUACAGGUGAAUUCAAAUUUGGGCCUAUCGAUGAGACGCUCAAAUUCGAGCUGUCCGCUGAGAAGGAAUCCUAUGUAUUCAGCGAAUACAAUCGCCAGUCGAACUCCUUCAGCGCACACAAACUCUGUGAGAUUGAGGUGUCGGUACAGGACGAUGCCGGUCAGCCACUGAGCGGAGUGUUGCUCUCGCUGAGCGGCGGUGAAAGCUAUCGCAAGAAUCUGGUCACUGGAGACAAGGGCGCCAUCAAUUUCAAUUCGCUGUCGCCUUCACAGUACUUCCUGCGACCCAUGAUGAAGGAAUACAAGUUCGAGCCGAAUUCCAAAAUAAUUGACAUCAAGGAUGGCGAAACCGUGCAGGUUGCCCUAACUGGCACUCGUUAUGCUUACUCUAUUUUCGGCACAAUCACAUCCCUCAAUGGCGAUCCCUUUCCGGAGGUUAAUGUACAGGCCAUCGCAACAGAGAGCUGCCAGCAUCAGCAAGAGGAGGCAUUCAGCGAAACCAAUGGACAAUAUCGCAUUCGGGGCCUUCAGCCCGGCUGCACGUACACCGUUCGCGUGGUGACGGAUGAUGAGAAAGUGUAUCGCUCGAUACCGGAAAACCACACAGUUACCGUUGCCAAUGAGGAUGUGCGAAAUAUAAAUUUGAUCGCUGUCAAUCCUAUCAACAUUGUGGAUGUUACGGCCAGAAUUAUGGCCUCACAUAACGAUUUCUACAAGACGUUGCGCAUUGUGAUGUACAAGCAGGGAGCCUCUGAUUCGCCGGUGUUUUCUCAGCGUGUGGCGUCUCCGUUAAAUCCCAAGUCUAGCUACAAUCCGGGCAUUAUGGUGUAUUUCCCGCGUAUACCGCGCGACGGCAAGACCUAUGUGGUGGAGCUGCAAUCGACGCUCUCGGAGAAGACGUACUCCUACAAGCUGCCCUCCUUCACCUUUGUGGCGGACAGAUGUUCCGUCUAUGUGAAGCUGGAUUUCAAUGCAGAGGUGCGCUCCACUGAAGCUGAUCUCAAUCAGAAUUCCAUAUCAGCACUGGUGCUCAUUGCACUGGUGGCCAUUGCCUUCUUCAAACAGGACUUGGCUGUCAAUUUCCUCAACUUUGUGUGGAGCAAGCUGAACGACAUUGUCGCUGAUAUCGCCCAAAGGCAGAAGGGAAAGGCGGCCGUCCGCAAAAACGAGCCCAUCAAUCAGCGAGAGAUCGAGCAGAUGGCCGAUCAGAUAAAUGCCAUUAAAAAGAAAAAGGUCAAAAAGACUUAAACCAGCCCUCACAAAUUUUAGUCACCAUCGGUAUUCGGUUUUCCUAUUUUUCUUUUCUUUUACUUUUGUUUUCUAUUUAAAUUUGCUCCUGAGAUUUUCGGAUCUAAUAUA